UUUUAAGUACGAAACACACAAAGGGUUCUAGAUAAGCUGGAAACUGUGUAGGUAAGGAAUCUAACACAAAAAUCCAGUCCAACUUGAUAUGCUAAUCAGUGAGUAGAAAACCGGAUUUAUCUCACUGUCACUACUAGAAUAGCAUUUUGUUAGAGGCAAGAGGGUCGGAGUGGAUACACAACAUCAAUUCAGUGACCUGUAGCAUUUCGCUUCUUCUUUUGCUCGUUAAGUAGGCUACCGCUUUUUCAUUCAUUCAUAAAGAUUUAUAGUUGUAUAUAAAUUAUGUCUCGAGUUCUCUCGGGAAUUAUACCAGACGAGGCAGUCUUUGCAGACUUCAGAAGACAAGCCUUGUCAACGGACAACUGGUACAGCAAAUAUGACAAGAACGGGAUGGAGGUCUGGGUCGAGGUGGCCCCUGUAACAUCCCCUCAAGGAAACAAAAACGUCCCAAAAGUUCACAAGAUAAAAUGCAGAAUGACCAUAAAAGAUGUGUCGGCCGCCACAAUGUACGACGUCCUUCAUGAUGGACAGUAUCGCAGGAAGUGGGACCCCACCAUGUUGGAGAGCUUUGACAUUGCCCGUCUCUCACCUAAUGCCGAUAUGGGUUACUACUCAUGGCUGUGUCCGAAGCCACUGAAGAACAGAGAUGUGGUGACGCUGCGUUCGUGGCAGGUGACGGACGACGAGUAUGUGAUCAUUAACUGCUCAGUCAAACACCCAAAAUAUCCUCCCAAAAAGGACCUUGUGAGAGCCAUCUCCCUCCUGACUGGCUACCUAGUGAAGGCCAUAGGACCCAAUAGCUGCUCCUUUACCUACCUCUCACAGGCUGACCCCAAAGGUUCUCUUCCAAAGUGGGUGGUGAACAAAGCGUCUCAGGUUCUGGCUCCCAGGGUGCUGAAGUGUGUUCACAAGGCCGGCCAGAGCUACCCCGACUGGAAGAAGCAGAACUCUCCGGAUCAGAAGCCCUGGUUGUACCCAGAGCAGAGCAUCCUGCCCAUAAUGGACCCAUCUGAGCUGACCAUCCAGCGGGCGGACUCUCUGGAGAACGUUGACGAGAGCACACAGCUUGACAUUCAGGAGGGCGAGGAUAGCAGCUGAGCACAUCUGUCAGAGGGGAUGAAACCUAGCCAAGAGAGGACAUAUGGACAUGCUCACAGAGACUUAAAGACUGAAGUCUUUGACCUCUCCAUGGCACUUGAUCCCAAUCUUUAAAGUCUCCGAUCUACCCCCAAUUAAUUUAGAAUUUAUCCUGUUUUGACCUUAUAAACCACCAUUUGUGUCUUUAUGGGUGAUCAAGAGAAUGAACUGUUUACAUCUGUUUGGCCUUAUGAAGCGGAAACGUCAUACCAAUGAGUGGCAAUUCUGGUUCAUCCACUCCGCUUGAACUGAACUGAUAAUUAUUUGCCAACUAACUGUGCCAACUCCGCCGACAGUGCACUGGCAGAAGAAGUGUUAGAUACUAGGACCUGGUUGUUGUUGAUUGUGAUAUGCAGCUACUUUUAGAAGCAUUAGCAGCAUCAGGUCUAUUAUCAAUUUCAUAUGUUUGGAAUAAUUCAGAACAAAGUUGAAGAAUAGACAGGAUUGGCUGUUUGAUAUCCUGAGUAUAAAUGAAAGUCAAUAGAGGUGUAUUUGUAUGUUCUGUUUAAAAAAUUAAAAAAACAUUUGAUGGGAAACUUAUUUAUUGAGCUACAUUGUAUAGACUACUAUUCUCCUGAUCAACGUGCACGUGGUAGCCAAGAGUAUGGUUCAACCUCCACGUGGACAGACAGAGUGUCUAUCCAUGUGGGUUCUCAUAUCAAUAUUUACUGAAAUGUUGUGCAAUCUGGGAGGGAGUCAAUGGAGUUAAUUCCAUUGCUAGUUAUGUAUGCCUUGGUCUUACUGUAGGCACUGAAUAAAUGAUCCAAUGGUGACUUAAUUCAAUGGAAAUCUUUUCCGUAAUAUCACACUUAGCAUUUUAUCAAAUGUACAGAGUGAGUUAUUAAUUUAUUAACUGAAUUGUACGAUAUAUAUAUAUUUUUGUGUUAUUACCUGAAGGAUUGGAAUUGCCGUCAUAGAUCUUACCCCUUUAAAGUGUAUUUAUUGUCAUAAAGUUACUUUCAAAUAAUGUCAUGACAGAGCAAGCAAGGAUCUCGAAGUUAGCCUUGCAAACUGAGCUGUCAAACUUGGACGUUGAAGACAAAAUGAUUGGAACUUUUUGUUAUAAUAAAUCUCAGAUAAGAUUCA